CGGUUGGCGGCGGGUGAACGGCCGUGUCCGUUGCCUCCAGCGGCAGAUCCCAGGCCUUUCAGCACUGGGAUAGCUCCGGAGCCAUGGCUGGCAUCUUGGAGGUGAUCCUAGCCUUCAGGAAAUACCUCAUCAUCGUCACGGUAACCGUUUUGUCUCUCGCUCUGCCUCUGGCGGUGCCUACCAAGGAGGCCAGAUGUGGUUAUGUUAUCAUAGUGAUGGCAGUUUUCUGGUGCACAGAAGCCCUGCCAUUGGCUGUCACAGCUCUCCUGCCCGUCCUGCUGUUCCCACUAAUGAAUAUCAUGGAUGCAAACACAGUCUGUCGGGAAUAUUUAAAGAACACCAAUAUGCUUUUUGUUGGGGGACUACUGGUGGCCAUUGCCAUUGAGAACUGGCACCUACACAGGCGUAUGGCUCUGCGGGUCUUGCUUAUCACUGGUGUCAGACCAGCCCUACUUCUCAUGGGAUUCAUGGUCGUGACUGCCUUCCUGUCAAUGUGGAUCAGCAACACAGCCACCACUGCCAUGAUGGUCCCCAUAGCACAGGCAGUGCUGGAACAGCUGCACAAGUCAGAACUGGAGUCCAGUGGUGCUGGUGAAGCACAGGAAGGGUCAACUCCAGAGGGGAAAGGUGAUUUUAAGGAGAAUUUUGGUUGCACUUCAAGUGCCGCAGAAAAGACUAAGGAGAAAGAGGCCUAUGCUGUCAUCCAGGAAGAGAGCAGGAAGUUGGGCAGAAUGACAUUUGCAGAAAUAGCAGUUUUGUCCCUCUUCAUACUCCUGGUAGUGCUCUGGUUUACAAGAGAUCCUGGUUUUACUACAGGCUGGGCAACAAAUCUUUUCAACAAAAAAAAAAGGUUUGUCACUGACGGUACAGUUGCCAUGUUCAUUGCAAUUUUGUUGUUCAUCAUCCCUUCUGGCUUUUCCAAUGCACAAACAGAUGGCAAGUCAAAGUUCCAAGCACCUCCACCUCUCCUGGACUGGAAGACAGUUCACCAGAAAAUGCCAUGGAGUAUUGUGUUUCUGCUGGGAGGUGGUUUUGCCUUAGCCAAAGGCAGUGAGAAAUCUGGUCUGUCUGCAUGGUUAGGUACCCAACUGACCCCUCUGCAGCACGUCCCUCAAUCAGCAAUUGCCUUCCUAGUGUGUCUCCUCGUUGCCACUUUCACUGAGUGCACCAGCAACGUGGCCACCACCACCCUCUUCCUCCCUAUUGUGGCUUCAAUGGCUGAAGCCAUUUGCCUCAACCCACUCUAUGUCAUGCUGCCCUGCACACUUUCUGCAUCGCUGGCGUUCAUGCUCCCUGUGGCCACUCCUCCCAAUGCCAUUGUCUUCUCCUAUGGACAGCUCAAGGUUAUUGAUAUGGCCAAAGCUGGAUUUGUGCUCAACAUUCUGGGAGUUCUGACAAUAACUCUUUCCAUCAAUACCUGGACUUCAUCUUUCCUCCAGCUGCAAAUUUUCCCAACUUGGGCAAACAAGACAGGCUCGUGCCCAUGAGGUGGAGAGGUGAAGGGAGCAGUGACUGUUCCUGUUAGAGCUGCAGUGAGAGCAGGACUGCCCUCCACGCCAGCUUUGCCAAGGCAGUGGUAUAGAGACAGGUCUGUUCUGUGGAAAAGGGCAAUCCAGCCUCAAGCAAAACUGUUCUGUUGAUAACAGCAAUAAAAUUUUUUAACAGUGCUGUUUAUCUGUCAAUUUUUCACCCCAGCAGUAAGACGAGGUAACCUUUUGGCUUUUCAGCUGUCCCAGGAACCUUUAGAUUUUGUGUCUCUGCAGGGGUAUUUUCCCCAAGUGCUUUUCCACCCCACCUGUAAAGUUUGAGAUCUGCAGCAAGAAAGAAGAGAGAUGUAUAUAUAGAGAUAUGUAUAAAGAAGGAGAGAGACUCUGUGUUCCUGAUUUCAUGCAUGU